AUGGCAACACCUCAAGCCGACAAGCAAGCCGUCUCCAAGGCCGCCGGCCAGUCACUGGUGAUUGAAGAAGGCCCUCUCAUGGCACCGGGCCCCAACGAGAUCCUCGUCAAGGUGGAAGCAUGCGGUGUUUGCUUCUCAGAUGUCUUCGCGCAGAACAACGUGAUGGGUGGGGGCUUUCCCAUCGCGCCUGGCCAUGAGAUUGUUGGCCGAGUAGCAGACAGAAAAGGGUCAUGCAAAGCUUGCCGCAAGGACUGGUAUCAGAUGUGCGACUCGCAGGUCAUCAACGGCGUGACGAAGGAUGGUGGUUACGCAGAGUAUUGCCUCCUAAACCCAGAAGCCGCUGUCCGUGUUCCAGCGCAUCUCUCAGCCGCCAAAUACGUGCCUAUCCCCUGCGCCGGUGUCUCGGUCUCUAACUCAAUUCACCACAUGAAAGUCCCCGUCGGCGAAACCGUAGCAAUUCAAGGUCUUGGCGGACUAGGCCACCUCGCCAUUCAGUACACGAAUAAGAUGGGCUUCCGCCCCCUCGGCGGAGGUGAUGAAGCCGCUCUUGGAGGGUUUGGGAGUCCUUGGAAAGUCGUUGAUUCUAUCUGCUUAAAUACGGCGCUUCGGUUCAGUUCUGGCCAUGCGGCCACGCCGCAGACUCAAAAGAGGCGAUUGCCUUUACGGAGCUGCAAGGAUCGACUGUCUGGUGGAAGAGUUCCCUCUAGCCAAAGCAAACGAGGCAUUCGGAUCAAUGUUGAAGAGGACAGUCAGGUUCCGGGCUGUCAUUACGAUGGAAUGAUUCAACAUUACGGACACGGUAACGAAGAAGUGUAG